CCGCGCUGACGGUGGCCGAGCGGGUUCAGGCAGGCGCGCGCACGUCGCGGUGGGGGAAGUCGAGAUGGCGUCCGAGGCGCACUCUGAGCCCCCCAAAGCCGGGGAGCUCCCGUUGCCUGGAUACGCGGCCUGGUCCCCCAACGAGGUGCAGGCCAAGCUGGUCGAGAUCGGAGCGCCCACACAGGGUAGCCGCGAGGAGCUGGUCGAACGGCUGCAAACGUACACCCUUCAGACCGGAAGAGUGCUCAACAGGCCGGUCCUGCGAGGAGAUGAUGGGGACAAGCCUGCCCCUCCCCCCAUGCCGGGACAGCUCUCCGGGAUCCCUCUGCCGCCCCCUCCGAUGGGGAUGCCGCCCAUGCAGCCGCCGCCCCCUCCCCCCCCUGGCAUGGCCCUCAACUUUCCCAUGGGCGUGGGGCCCCCUCCGCCACCGCCCGGCCUCGGGCCGCCUCUUCGCAUGCAGGCGGUGGAUCCUUCCACGUUGCCCGAGGAGGAGCGGCUGAAGCUGGCCCAGCAGCAAGCCGCCAUGUUGAUCCAGCAGGAGGAGAGAGUCAAGCAGGCUGCUGUCCUGAUGGAACAGGAGCGCCAUCAAGAGAUGUCCAAGCUGCCCCCCUCAGUACCCAGGUCUGCUCCUGACCUGGGGCCAAGACCUCCGGGGAUCCCAAGAGGGCCUCCUCCUAUGGGUUCGCCUCUCGGACCUCUGGGUCCAAGGCCCCGCGGACCCCCACCCCCUCCUGGAGAGGACAGUCGUGAGGUGGAUGACUCCGGGGUGGGCCCCAAGAUUCCCCAGGCCCUGGAGAAGAUCCUCCAGCUGAAGGAGAUCCGCCAGGAAGAGCUCACGGCUGUGCCCAGCAUGACAGAUGACGACAUGGAGACCGAGCUGAGGAUGUCGGCUGGUCUGGGCAUUUCAGACGCUGAAGACGACGCACUGGCUCUGUCCAAGAAGGAGAAAAACCGCAAGCGGCGGAACCGGAAGAAGAAGAAGAAGCAAAGCCUGGCCCUGAAGGAGGGCCCGGCUUCCCAGGACGGCGAGGGGCGAGGGGAGGAGUCGGGGGCUGAUGGCCCGGUGGAGAUCGAGUACGUCACGGAGGAGCCGGAGAUCUAUGACCCCAACUUCAUUUUCUUCAAGAGGAUCUUUGAGGCGUUCAAGCUGACGGACGACGUGAAGAAGGACAAGGAGAAGGAGCCCGAGAAGGCGGACAAAGUGGCCAGUUCAGCAGCCCCCAAGAAGAAGGGCUUUGAGGAGGAGCUGAAGGACAGCGAUGACAGCUCCGAUGACGAGCAGGAGAAGAAGCCCGAAGCCCCCAAACUGUCCAAGAAGAAGCUGCGACGCAUGAACCGCUUUACCGUGGCUGAGCUCAAGCAGCUCGUGGCCCGGCCUGACGUGGUGGAGAUGCACGACGUGACAGCCCAAGACCCCAAGCUGCUAGUCCAUCUGAAGGCCACCCGCAACUCGGUCCCGGUCCCCCGGCACUGGUGCUUCAAACGCAAAUACCUGCAGGGGAAGAGGGGCAUCGAGAAGCCUCCCUUCGAACUGCCCGAGUUCAUCAAGCGCACGGGGAUCCAGGAGAUGAGAGAGGCCCUGCAGGAAAAGGAGGAGCAGAAGACCAUGAAGUCCAAGAUGAGGGAGAAGGUUCGCCCCAAGAUGGGCAAGAUUGACAUUGACUACCAGAAGCUGCAUGACGCCUUCUUCAAGUGGCAGACCAAGCCGAAGCUGACGAUCCACGGGGACCUGUAUUACGAGGGCAAGGAGUUUGAGACGCGGCUGAAGGAGAAGAAGCCCGGGGACCUGUCGGAUGAGCUGCGCAUCGCCCUAGGGAUGCCCGUGGGGCCGAAUGCACACAAAGUCCCGCCUCCGUGGCUGAUUGCCAUGCAGCGCUACGGCCCGCCGCCCUCCUACCCCAACCUGAAGAUUCCGGGCUUGAACUCCCCUAUCCCGGAGGGCUGCUCCUUCGGGUACCAUGCUGGGGGCUGGGGCAAGCCCCCCGUGGACGAGACAGGGAAGCCUCUCUACGGGGACGUCUUCGGCACCAACGCGGCUGAAUUCCAGACCAAGACGGAGGAGGAGGAGAUCGACCGGACCCCGUGGGGGGAACUGGAGCCCUCGGACGAGGAGUCUUCUGAGGAGGAAGAGGAGGAAGAGAGCGAUGAAGAGAAACCUGACGAAACGGGUUUCAUCACCCCGGCGGACAGCGGCCUGAUCACUCCUGGUGGCUUCUCCUCGGUGCCUGCUGGCAUGGAGACUCCUGAACUCAUCGAGUUGCGGAAAAAGAAGAUCGAGGAGGCCAUGGACGGCAGCGAGACGCCCCAGCUUUUCAUGGUGCUGCCGGAGAAGAGGACGGCGACGGUGGGCGGGGCCAUGAUGGGCUCCACCCACAUCUACGACAUGACGACGGUGAUGAGCCGCAAAGGGCCGGUGCCGGAGAUCCAGGGGGUGGAGGUGGCCCUGGCCCCCGAGGAGCUGGAGCUGGACCCCAUGGCCAUGACCCAGAAGUACGAGGAGCACGUGCGGGAGCAGCAGGCCCAGGUGGAGAAGGAGGACUUCAGCGACAUGGUGGCCGAACACGCCGCCAAGCAGAAGCAAAAGAAGCGGAAAGCGCAGCCGCAGGACACCCGGGCCGGGGCCAAGAAGUACAAGGAGUUCAAAUUCUAGUCCCAGUCCCGAGACAGCCUCGCAUCCGCCCUCAUCGUCGUUCUGUCUUGUUGGUUCCUGUUUUUGGUUUUUUUAAUGCCCCGCCCCUCUCCACCCCCACCUGGGAAGGUCUCCACCACCAGGCUCCUGCACUCUCCCCCCAGGUCUGGCUUAAGAUGUGGAUUAUUUUGUAAAUAAAGUCAGAGUUGCUCUCUC